AAGAAAUAAUACUUAAUAAUGUGGCAAUUUUCAAAGGAAUCAUAAAAACGCUUCAGUGAACAAAAAGGCAUGGCUGAGUUACCAAAACCAGCAUUAUCCUAGAACUGCAAAUAAAUCUUAGUGAAAUUUGCAAGUAAAAGAGAACAGAAUGUCAAAUCUUACCUCCAAUUCUGGAUUCUUUCUUCUGGAAUUUUCUCAAGUUCGAGAAUUACAGAUCUUAUAUUUCUUCCUGUUUCUAACAGUAUACCUGAUCACCUUGCUGGGGAACCUUUUCACCAUCAUUUCAAUUGCUCUCGACCAUCAUCUGCACACACCAAUGUACUUCUUCUUAAUGAACCUGGCAAUUAUUGAUAUUGGUUCCAUAUCAUCCAUUAUACCCAAAUCCAUACUGAACUCACUCAUGAACAAUAGUUUCAUCUCUUAUUUUGAAUGUGCCAUUCAAGUUUUCUUUUUCUUUUUCUUUGAUGCAUCUGAGAUCUUUCUUUUAACAGUAAUGGCACAUGACCGUCAUGUUGCUAUUUACAAUCCAUUACAAUAUGAAACAAUAAUGAACAGUGGGGCCUGUAUUAAAAUGGUAGCCAUUGUGUGGAUAACUGGUUUCCUUUAUGCCACACUGCAUACAAGUGGCACAUUUUCAAUAACUUUCUGCUCAAAUAAAAUUGACCAAUUUUUCUGUGAAAUCCCUAAACUACUGAAACUUUCUUGCUCUGACCUAUACCUAGUGGAAGCUGUUCUUCUUGUAGUGGGCUCUAGCCUAGGGAUUGGAUGCUUUAUCUUCAUCAUUACAAGUUAUGUAUGGAUAUUCAAAGCUGUACUACAGAUCCCUUCUGUACUCGGACAGAAAAAGGCCCUCUCUACUUGCCUCCCACAUCUAAUUGUAGUCUCAGUGCUUGUUUGUUUGGCUGUUUUGGUCUAUGCCCGACCUCCCAGCAAUAGUUCAUCUUAUUUAGACUUGGUUUUUGCCAUGAUAUAUGUGAUUUUUCCUCCUAUGAUGAAUCCAUUCAUCUACAGCUUUAGAAAUAAGGAGUUUCAGAAUGCCUUGUGCAAGUUCUUAAACCUUAGGCAACUUUUCCACAUUUUUUCCAAGUUUUUCUAAAAUUAUUGGGAUAAUAGGUUUUCUUUUCCAAACAGCCCUUCUCCCUAUAUUAUAUACUUCAUAGUUUAUUUUAAAAUAUAUCUAUUGUUUGCUUGUAGGCACAGCUAGUAUAGUUUUGAUAAAAAUAAACAAUAUUAAUUAUACAUAAUGAGAAAAAUGUGAAAAAGAAAGGAAAGGGGAAGAUAGGAGAAGAGAAGAAAACUUUUGUCAGGCAAGUUAUUUUUUAUUUUAUUUUUAUUUUAUUAUUCUAUUCUGUUAUGUUCUGGGUUUACAUUUACAUACUUCCACAAGUUGCUAGUUCAAAAUUGAAACAAUGCAGCAUAAUUAAAUACAAUCAAUUUAAUACAAUACAAUACAACACUUUAUUAGUUUAAAAUAACACUAGUUAUUUUAAAGGAUGUUACAGUAUAUUUAGGAUAGGCGGAAAGGGCAGAGAGAAAAGAAGAUUUUAAAACAGUGUAUGAUUUUUGAUAAAUCACAGUGGUAGAUCUAGCAAGUUGAUUGUUUAUUUGUUUGGAUUUUUUUUCUUAAGUAUUAAAAUCAGUUUGGACAAUCAUUUGACAAAGGGAGUAAUAUAGAAGAAGAAUGCUAUCCCACUAGAGUUUUUUAGUUUGUUUGUUUAUUUGUUUGUUUGUUUCAAUAGAUGAGUUUUAACUUUAGACAGAAAACAAAGCAAGGAUCUCAGAAAAUAUUCAGAAAUGGUUUAUCAAGUUAUUUGAUAAUAUUUGUUAGUCAUUUUUCCUGCUACUGUAUUAAAAAUGAACAAUUAAUACUUAUCCUAAAGAAAGUGUACCAGCUUUUUCUCAUUCAUCUCCACUAUGAAAUUCAACCUAUGUAUUAGUUUUAUACAAUGUGCAAAAAGAAACUGUUUUUCAAUAUUAAAAUAAUUAUCAAAAGUUCUUCUUAGAUUAAAUAAAUAAAUGUUAUUAUAUUUAAAU